GUUACUUCAGUAUUGUCACUCUGAUUGUGGUGUCCAGACCCCCAAAGAUAUCAAAGCAAACAGUGACUGCCAGUGUGUUGUUUUAUUUAUACUAAUAAUAAUAAAUAUAUUUAUAAAAAAAUAUAGAGUGGGUCUAUACGAAAAAACAAAAUAAAUAUAGAGCCAUUGGGUCCAUUCCCUUUAUUGCAUUGUUUUGGUCCCAUUCCCUCUCCACAAUUCUAACACGUCCAAAAUUAUUUAUGCAUUAUAAAUAUUUUGAGUGAUUGAGAAGAAAUGAUAAGACAAAGAUUUUACCAACACAUUUCUUCUUCUUAUAUCAAAGUUGGGUUCUCUCUCGUUUCUUCAUCGCUUCACUAGCUACCUUGUUUUCUUUUCUCAUUUUGAAUAGUUCUCAAACCUUUAUUUUCAUCUAGACACUACAAAAUAUAGUGCAAUUCCCUAGCAAAUCGUCAUUUUCUAAUAUUUGCAUUAGUCUCAGGAUCCAAAAUGGUUUCAUCAGUUUCAAAGAGUACGUCCACUGAUGAAUACGACGACACCAUCCACAAGGAGAGAGUGUCUCAGCUUCACAGCCCCUACUCAUCGUCUGACUUAGUGAGCCAAGAGAUCAAAGCAGAGCAAACCGAUAAUUCUAAGAAGACCAAAAGGGUUAAAGAUUCCGGUAGACAUCCGGUUUAUCACGGCGUGAGGAUGAGGAACUGGGGAAAAUGGGUUUCCGAGAUUCGUGAGCCGAGGAAGAAGUCACGUAUCUGGCUCGGAACGUUCCCGACGCCGGAGAUGGCGGCGCGUGCGCACGACGUGGCGGCUUUGAGCAUCAAAGGAAGCUCGGCUAUACUGAACUUCCCUGAACUUGUUGAGUCAUUCCCUAGACCCGUCUCCCUAAGCCCUCGAGACAUUCAGACAGCUGCCCUUAAAGCAGCACAGAUGGAGCCAACGACGUCGUUUGCUUCUUCAUCAUCGUCUUCUACUUCUUCGCUUGAGUCUCUCGUGUUGGUGAUGGACCUCUCGAGGACUGAGGCAGAGGAGCUGGGAGAGAUCGUGGAGCUGCCAAGUCUCGGACCGAGUUACGACGUUAACGUUGGAAACGAGUUUGUGUUCUCUGACUCAGUAGACUACUGUUUUUAUCCUCCACCGUGGGGUGAGUUGUCGGAAGAUAGUUACGGUUACAACCAAGUCUUGUCAUGGGAUCUCUAACGACGUUUUUGGUCAAUUUAUUUUUUGUAUCAUCAUUAUUGUAACCAUUUUCAUGUUCAAUAACGUUUUUGAACCCUAUUUCGUUUUUUGAUUUCGUGGUGUAAGGGUUUUUUCUUCAGUGCGUUUGUGAGCUCCA